AUGGCUUGGGGAAUUCCGAGGCUCCCUGAGGAGUUUGUCAAAGCUGCCAUGGCAGCUGGGCAUCAGUGCAAAAAUGAGUUUGCCUUGCCUCAAGCCAUCCAGCACGCCAUUGAUGCAAAUGCCAAGUGCAGCUCAGCCGAUCUUGCAAAGGACCGUGCCCUCUUCUUUCGAAAGUGGGUGGCCAGGGCUAAGGAGCUAGAGCCCGCUGAAGCGAGUCUCAAGGCAACUAUGCCGAGUCACAUCGCCUCAAUCCUAGCCCCUAAAAAGCUCUUGCUAUGGCGGGAGAUAAUGGUUGACUUGGAGUAUCCGGAUGUUUCGGUUUUUGACGAAGUAGUUCAAGGGUUUUCCCUCACAGGUAACACUCCAGUCACAUCCAUCUUCCCUCCCACCUUUAAACCCGCGAAGCGUAGCUACGCCGACAUCGAAAGUUGGGCCCCUGAGCUGAGAUCGCAGGUACUUGCUAAGUGCAAGCCUCAAGGAGAGGAAGAUGAAGUUGUGCACUCCAAGACCCUCGACGAGAGGAAGAAAGGAUGGGCCCGCGGCCCAAUCCGGGUGGAAGACCUUCCGGCUGACGCCUUAGUUAGUCGUAGGUUCGGUUUAAAGCAAGGCCCGAAGACUCGUUUGAUAGAUGAUCUUACGAUGGGCGGGGUAAAUGAGCUUGUGAAUGUGCACGAGUCGCCAAAACCGCACGGUCCUGACAUCGUGGCGGGGAUGUUGCUGGCUUUCAUGCGUGCAGUCCCUGGUGUUGCUCUACAGGGCAGGGCGUAUGAUCUUCGAUCUGCUUAUCGGCAAUUGCCUGUGAGUCUUAGUUCGCUUCGUCACUCUUUUGUGGCCCACUGGAAUAGCGAUUCCAGAAAUGCUGAAAUCGAUCAAUUACUUGCAUUACCGUUUGGUGCAUCCCGGUCCGCACUGGGAGAGAAGCAUAAGAAGACCAUCAUAUUUGAACUAGAAUUCCUCGCGCUUGUCGUUGCGUUGGUGCACUGGAAGGCCAAACUGACCAACCGACCAUGCGUCGCUUACCUUGACAACAACUCUACGCGUGACGUUGCCAUUUCUGGCAGAGGUAGAAACCCCACUGCUAAGGCAUUGGCGUCCGUCCUCCUGGCUCUGGAAGACGCUGGAGAAGUGCGCUGCUGGUAUGCACGCGUCCCGUCUCCCAGCAACGUUGCGGACCUCCCGUCCAGGGAGCUCUGUGGCACGAUGACUGUGUUGGGACAGACACGUCAUGCGGAUGAUGCAAGUGCUGCUCUUAGCAGUUGUCUCCAGUUGCUCAAGCCUUCAGGGUCGUAG